AUCAUUAAUGCCAUUCGUUCAAUUCCAUUUUAUAGAAAUUCAAAACCCCAUUGCCCAGUUUUUCGACCAGUGUUUGGUUCCCCGAGGAACGGAGAGGAAAAGAAAGGCUAGCCUAAGGCGAGGAUUUGUUCACCGAAGGCGAAAACGAACUCGAAAGAGAUAUCCGGUCUGCGGCCUCCCCGAUGGGUCAUCGGAACAUCUGCUGCGAUGGCUGCCAGCGACGGGACUUCCGAGGUCGCCGCUUCCGCUGCAUGCGCUGCCACAACUUUGACCUCUGCGGCGAUUGCUACGAUAGCCAUGUUGAGACGCUGGAGCACCGAGUGGAACACCCGAUGCAGCUGAUCCUUGAGCCGGGUCAGCAGCCCCAGGCGGAGCAGCUACUGGGCGGGGCGGACUUGUUGGAACAACUGCAUAUGUCCAACUGCUACACCUGUCCCUACUGCGGACUGUUCGGGCACACGGCCAAGAAGCUGAUCGAACACGUGUGGGGCCAGCACCGCCUGGCCGACGGCUACGUUGUCUGUCCCAUGUGUGCGGGUCUGCCGGCCAUCGAUCUGGUGGCCAUCCGCAACCUAUCGCGACAUCUGGUGCUCAACCACAUUGAGCACGCCAACAUGCUGGAGCCGGACACCCCGCCGCUGCGCCGCUUUCUGUCCAGAAGUUCCCAGCGCAGCCGUCGGCGGCGUCAGCUGAUGUUGCAACAACAGCAGCAAUAUCCGCAUCAGCAGCAGUCCCAGUUGGAAAAUCUACCGCAGCCCCAGCCACAAUCUCUACAGCAGGGACUUUCCCAGCCACCAAGGCUACAGUCCAGAGGAAGUCCUCCCGUCUUGGGCUAUGACAUUCUCAUGCAGUUGGACGAGGUACCGGCAGAAUCCUGGACGCCCGAACCUCUGCUACCCAGUAGCAUCGAAAUAUCGGAUGAUGAGGCUCGGACCAGGAGCAGCGGCCUUUCCCGCUCGGGGCCAGAUUCGCAGGCCCCCGUCGAGGAUCCCACCAGCCAGAUAGUCGUCCUGGAACCGGUAGACACCACCGAUCAGCCCGAGCGGUUUCACCUACUGAAAUGGAUUGCCCAUCAAGAGCAACUCUGUCAGGAUUCGGAGGUGGCGUGCCGCCGGCGUUUGACGCACGCCCUUUUCACCGAGCAACUGAUCCUCUCCAUGUUGAGCGGAGAGGAACUGGAGCCGCCGCAGCGGGAAACUGGUGGCGGUGGAUGGCAUCGGGAAGAGCAGUGUAUCGGUCUUUCCAAGGCCAUGUCGUUGAUGUCCUUACCAUGGACGAAGGCCUGGCGCGCUUCCCAAAAGGCUGGCUGCAUAGAGGUGGGCCCUGGACAAGGGACGAGGCCCGCGGAUUGGGUGUGUUGUAAGCGACGUGUGGGGGGCCAGUACCAGCAGGAGGAAGCCAUUGACUAGCAGAAUCCUUAACG